AUGGAGACAGAAUCUUCGGAGCCGUUGCUGAAGCGAAUGGAGGAGGCACCUUUGGAGCACCCGUUGAACCUGGCGCAGCGACCGAAGCAGAAUGUGGUCAUCCGGCUCAUCGUGUCCCUCUUCCUUUGGGUCACGAUUCCGUUUGGCGUUCUUGGCGCCAUCACUGGCCAGGUGCUAUCGCUAGUCCUAUUGUGGCCAGUAUUCUGGUUCAGGCCAGCGCUGAAGGUGUGGUUUCUCGGCUGGAUUCUCCGAUUUAGCGUAACGUGCUCGUCGUUUUUCUUUAACCCGUUUUGGCGGUUGAAGAGGGUGCGAUUGGUCCGCGGGGACUACCGGCCGCAUGGACGUACUUUGGUGAUGUGUAAUCACUUGACUCAGGCGGACCCGUGGAUCUUUUCGCGGGGUUUGUGGCCGUGGGAAUUCAAGUGGGUGUACAAAGCGGACUUGUUGCGGAUUCCGGUUGUGGGUCAGAUUUUGAGGAUGUCCCAUGACAUUCCGCUCAAGUUCACCCGAGACAAAGGAGGCUGGGGAACGGAGCGGGGACAGGUGAAGGUGAUGAUGGAUACGGUGUACGAAAUGGGCACGGUUUAUGACAUCGGCACGGUCGUGUUUCCUGAGGGCACACGUUCCAAAACCGGGCGCCUACAACCCUUUAAAGACGGCUUCUUCAAGUUUGCUGUCGAACAUGACUGGGAAAUCCUACCCUGUGUCGCACAUAACUCCCAAACUUUAUGGCCACUCAGCAGCACCCUCUUCGGCUGCGGCACCGUCUACUUCAGCGUCGGAGAUGUCAUCAAACCAGAGCCUGGCGAAUCCUUCGAAUCACUUAAAUACAGAACCCGAGAAGCCAUGGCCCAACUCGUUCGAGAAAUGCCUCUAUUCAACCCUGAGACUGAUGAUCCCAUGGCGCAUGAUGCUGAUGUCCUUGAAAGAGGUCAAGGCAUUCUGGCUCGUUAG